AUGCAAUACGUCAGAAACAUCAGCGACUCUGUGUCCACGGCAUGGAACUCCAUCAACCCCUCUACCCUCAGUGGUGCCAUCGAUGUCAUUGUCGUCGAGCAGGAUGACGGUACAUUGGCCUGUUCGCCCUUCCACGUCCGCUUUGGCAAGUUCUCCUUAUUGAGACCCUAUGAGAAGAAGGUCGAGUUCAAGGUCAAUGGCCUCAAGCAAGAGUACUCCAUGAAGCUGGGCGAAGGUGGCGAGGCAUUCUUUGUCUUUGAGACGACCGACAAUAUCCCGAAAAGCUUGCAGACUUCGCCCCUCGUGUCUCCAGCGUCUAGCCCGCCGCUGGAUCCCGAUCAAUCAUCUCCUGGUGUCCUGCAAGAGCCAGACCUCCUCCAGCUCGAUGGCAGCCCUGGCAAACCAAGAUCUCUCACCCUCACGCGGCCAGGGCCCGCCCCGAUGCUCGCGCAAAGCCUCUUAUCCCCUAAUGCCACCUCUCCCGAGCUCAGCCAUGGACGUCCCGUCUUGAACGAUCUGCGCGACCGCCGAACUCCUCAUUACAGUGACGAUGUUUUGCCCUCAAGCGCAAUGAGUUACUCCAACAAUGAAGACUCUCCGUCUAGGACGGGGCGGGGCGCCACACCCGACGCAUCCUCGCAUAGAUCAAUCAGUCCCCCGGCACUCCGACCGGAUGAGGCAGUUCAGCGAGCCAAGAAGGUGUCCGAGGAAUUAUCAGCAGUCAACAUACCCAGCCACGUCACUGACACGGGCGACCUGAUGCUCGACAUGACGGGUUUGAAAAGCAGCGAGGAGGAUGCCAUCAAAGCCGAGAUCCUCGCUCGAGAUAUUUUGGCCAAGGAGAUGGAGGGCGACUACGAUAUUGGCGCCUUGUUCGGUAUGGACGAAGAAGGAAACCUGUGGAUUUACAGCAGUGAGGAUGCUAAAGAAGCUGCCAUGAAGAAGACUGUUGCUUCGCUGCGCCCUUCAGCCACGUUACCAAUUGAUGCGGCCUCGGAUCCAGGCUAUGCUAGUGACGACUCUGCCACCUCGGCUCCAGAACCGUCUCACAGGCGCAGUGAAUCUGAUGCUGGUCAAAUGAGUGUGGGAACUCCACCCACUACUCCUGGGUCCUCAACACACGCUGGAGAUCCCAAUCGAAAUUAUGCCAAAACUCUUCGUCUGACGAGCGAUCAGCUGAAGGACUUGGAGCUCAAGCCGGGCGAGAACUCCAUGUCCUUUACAGUAAACCGCGCUACUUGUCAGGCAAACAUGUAUCUAUGGAAACAUGAUACACCAGUUGUCAUUUCCGAUAUUGACGGCACAAUCACCAAGUCCGACGCUUUGGGCCACGUGCUCAACAUGAUUGGGCGAGACUGGACACAUGCUGGUGUAGCCAAGCUAUACAGCGAUAUCGUUGCAAAUGGCUACAACAUUAUGUAUCUUACCAGUCGCUCCGUCGGCCAGGCAGACACAACACGAGCAUACUUGAACGGUAUCGUCCAGAACGGGUACCGACUUCCUCGUGGACCGACUAUCUUGUCUCCGGAUCGUACCAUGGCCGCUUUGCGUCGAGAGAUCUACUUGCGCAAGCCUCACGUCUUCAAAAUGGCCACGUUGCGUGACAUACGCAACCUGUAUGGGCCUGACAGCCACUGUUUCUACGCCGGUUUCGGAAACCGAUUAACGGAUCAGAUCUCUUACCGGACCGUCGAUGUCCCUCGGAAUCGCAUCUUCACCAUUAAUUCGAAUGCUGAAGUAUCCCUCGACCUCUUAUCCUUGAAUAAACUCAAGCUGAGCUAUGUGAACAUGACUGAGGUUGUCGACCAUUACUUCCCGCCGAUUUCUACCCUUGUUAAGGGCGGCGGUGAGGAAUACACUGAUUUCACGUACUGGCGAGACCAGCCACUAGAUAUGGAUCAAUUUAGCUUCAGUGAAGAUGAGGAUGACGAGGCGUAUGAUGAGGAUGCCGAUGAAGAUGAGGAUGUUGGCAACAUGGGCGACAGCUACCUCUCACGCGGAGAUGAUGAUGAAGCCACGGAGAGUAUCUUUAGCGGCAGCGGCGUGUAUGAGGAUGAGCAACAGAUGAUGAAUUCAAUGCUUCAGGGCGAAGAUGAUGCCGACGACGAGGAUGACGAAGAGUUGGAACAGGAAGAGGAGGAAGCGGAAGACGAUGAGGAGGGAAUCAAUGAGGAAGAGCAGCUGACACAAUCGGUCGAGAUGGGCGAUGCGCUCCUUGAUGUUGAAAUUAGCAGGGGAAACAGCGGUUCUGAUGCUCCGUCGGCCGAUAUCAACGCUGAGAUCAUUACAGGCUUGCAAAACCUGGGCGUCGAGAAGGAUGCGAAGCCGAACGGUAUUGAAUAA